CCACGAGCGAAUCCGUCUUUACACGGUGUUAUUCGGUCCAGUUGUGACCAGGGUGACCAGGCCAGGGUUCGCGAAAGGCUUUCACGACUCCCUGCUUUUGACAUGGACAGAGCGACGCGAAUGUUUUGUGAAGCGCUGACAGGGUGCAAGCAGCGUUCUUCUUUUUCUCAGCCACAGUUCUGGUGACCCCAAGUAGUUGUCAGUGUUGGUGCCGGAGUUUACCUACGUGGCGUGGCAAAGCGUACAAGCAACACUGACGUUUUGGGCAGUUUGGGAGACCCUAAGCACUUCCAGAACCAGUCUGGCCAUGGUCAAGCGCUUGGAAGGCCAUUACAGCCCUGCUGGCGCGAUGGUGGAUUGCCUCAGCUCCUGACCGGCGACGUCGAGGCGAGAGUUCCCAGAUUUCCUAGAGUGCUCAACACCACAAGAAUGGAGCAUUAUCACAAAAGGUGACCGGGUCACAUACACGUCUACCGCAGUCCUCUGGUCGUCCUUAAGUUAAUCAGCGUGAAUAUGUCACAAAGCACGACCUCCGGCACUGCCAUAAGCACAAGCAACAGCAUCGAUAACACCAGCAGCAGCGGUAUCACCAUCACCGAUGAUGACGAUGAGUCACUCAUCGCUUCCCUCCUGGGCUGCUCGCUGUGCAUCGUCUUUCUGGUGGCCACCAUUGUAACCAUAGUGAUGAAAAAAAAGCAUGGCAGCUCAGUGCACCAGAGGCUGAUGAUGGUGACGUGCGUCAUCCAGCUCUUCACGCUCGUUUUGUUCAUCGCGGCCGUCGACGCCACCUCCAGCCCCGUAGCGUGCUCGUUCCUAGCUAUACUGCUGCACUACCUGUUGCUAUGCCCAACGGUUGCCAUGGUGCUCGACGCCACGCUGCUGCGGCGGAAGGUCUUCAAGGUGCUGCAGUGUACGUGGCGCAAGGAGAUACGCUUGCGCCGUGCCAUUGUGAGUGUGUUCGCAAUUCCUCUGCUGGUUAUCUUCGUCGCGUUCGGCUCGACUAAAGUACAGCAGCAUGGAAGCAGCGGUGAAUUUAAAUACUGUUCCGUUAAUACCUACAGCAUGCUAAUAUUUGGCAUCGCAACACCGAUUGCCGUGGCAGUGAGCUAUAACGUUGUGAUGCUGCUGAUGGUGGCCCGCAUCCAGCAGCAGAAGAGCAAGGAGAUGCCGCUGCGGAUCAUCAACAGCCCGACACUGGAGCAGUGGAAGACCUCGCUCAAGACGUGCAUGUUCCUGACGGCACAGCUCGGCGUCACGUGGAUACUGGGACUGCUGGCUCUGCUCACCCAGGCCGGCGAGCUGCACUAUACGUUCGCCGUGCUCAACGUCACCCAGGGCUUCGCGAUCUUCCUGCUCACUCUUCGCUCAAAGGAGGGAACAUUGGACAUGGCGGCCGAGUCGGCCGCGUUUUCUCGACGCGUUCAGGCCGCGUCACUUCACCUCAUCACGGUCUUUACAAACGAUGGCGCCAGGAUCGUAAAUCGCAAUCCCAUGGUCGAGUGCAGACUUUGAGAUGACUUUGAGAUGCUCAAGCAGACAGGUUUCCAUUGAGCAAGCACUGUUUGGAGACUGUUGCACCAGCCUGCAAACUCAGCUAAUGCACAACAUGCAAGAUUUUACAUCAUUACGUCAUUACAUCAUUAUCAUUACAUCACUGAUUCAUCUGAGCAUCAUCUCCCCACUGCCUUCAGUAUUGUUGUAAUGAUCUAUUUUGGCCUACAGCUUGAAAUCAUAAUACUGUUGCGAUAGCUUGCCCCGCUUUGUAAAUGGUUACAGGUAAUGAAUGAACGUUCAAAAUUGAUAAAAAGUCAAUG